AUGGAAAAGCACAACGCCAGCCACGUGGAGCUCGAGGACAGAGCGUCCCCCGGCAAUGUCCCUGACGGCUAUUAUCCUACGACAGCAGAAGAGAGACGGCUGUCCAGAGCAGUGAACCGGAAGCUCGAUAUCUUUGUCCUUCCUUUUCUCGCCCUUCUCUAUCUGUUCAAUGGCCUCGACCGGUCAAAUGUCGGCAAUGCCGAAACGCAAGGCUUCUCCAAGGCGAUUGGUGCCAAGUCCCAGGAUGUCAACGAUGCCGUCUCGUUGUUCUACAUCACCUUUGUCAUCUUCCAGCCGAUCUCCGCGGGGGUUGGCAGGAUCGUCGGAGCGAAACAUUGGAUUCCGUUCCUCAUGAUUUCUUGGGGCACCUUGACCCUAGCCCAUGCCUUCAUUCAUGGCCGAGGUCAGCUCAUUGCUCUGCGACUCUUGAUUGGACUGUUCGAGGCCGGUUUCUAUCCCACGUGCGUUUUCUAUCUGUCGACCUUCUACACCCGUUUUGACUUGGGUGUGCGGAUUGGCUUGUUCUACGGCCAGUAUGUCGUGGCUGGUGCAUUCUCCGGUGCUAUCGCAUAUGGAAUCUUUCAAAUGGGGGGUCCUCUGGCUGGCUGGCAGUACUUGUUCAUCAUCGAGGGCGCAUUAACCAUGUUCAUCGCCAUCGUCGCCUGGUUCUGGCUUCCCAUGGGUCCCGGCUCAGCAUGGUUCCUCACGAAGGCCGAAAAGGAGUUUGCUGUGGAGAGGAUUCGUAUCGAUAGCGAGAAAUACGUGUUGAAGGAGUAUGGUCCGGACGGCAUUCAGAAGAGUUCCGAGCGGUUGAACCGACGGGACGUGAUUGAGACGAUAAAAGACUGGAAGCUCUGGACGGUCCUGAUCUUCAAUAUUUGUGCGAGCGUGCCCCCUAAUGCCUUUUCGGUGUUUCUGCCUUUGGUCGUCAAGGGUCUGGGGUAUACGUCCCUUAAGGCGAAUCUGAUGUCGGUGCCACCCUAUGUCUGCGGUGCCGUAGGCCUGCAUCUGUUCGCCUUCAGUUCGGACCGACGCAAGGAGCGCGGUUUCCACAUCAUCGCCGGUUUGAUCAUCUGCCUCAUCGGUCUCAUCAUCACCGUCACCGUACUGAAUAACGGCGUGCGCUACUUCGCAUUGUGCGUCCUGCUGGUGGGAAGUUAUGUCACUGCUCCGUUGACCGUGGCCUGGCUCAGCGGCAAUACUCCUGAACCCGGCAAACGCGCCCUCGUCAUCGGCGUCAACGGCUUCGGGAACCUCUCCGGCGUCAUCGGCUCGCAGCUCUUCAGCGCAAAGUACGCACCGCGCUACCUGGUCCCGUUCUACGCGACACUGGGCUUCAUUGCCUUCGCCUUGGCCGGAUACAUCGGCUACCGGUUCCUGCUGCAGGCUGUCAACCGGUACCGCGCGCGCAAGAUCGCGUCGUGGAGCCCGCAGGAGAUCGAGUAUGAGCGGGUGAAUGACACGCGGCUGGGAGAUAAGAAAUAUACCUUUGUUUACAGCUUGUGA